CCCAGCGCUGCCGUGCUGCGCUCAGGGCUGCCCGCAGGUGCGGCCCGCUCCCGCAGCGCGGGCGGUGCGUGCCCGGCGCGGCUGUGGGCAGCGAUCCUGCGCGGAAGGCGGCGGCCGCCCCUCGGCAGCGGCGUGGAGGGACGGCGCCUGCUCCUGAGUCAGCAGCGGCCAGGAGGCGGUGGCGGCACCUCCCGCCCUGCCCUGCCCGGCCCGGCCCCGGCCCCCGGCACACAGCACCCGCGGAAGGGAGCGAGGAGGGGCGGCGGGGCCGCGCCGGCUCCGGCCCCCUGCUCGUUCUGCAGCUGCAGGAUUUGAAUGUAUUCCCAGAUGCAGUGCUUGAUGGCCACAGCAGGACACUAAACAAUAUCAGAAAAAAGCCUCAGCAUUAAGACCUAUAAUUUCCACACGACUGGCUGGAAAAGCGGUUGUCACUGCCUUCCUGGUUCAGCAUGGCAUUUGGACCUGGUGUUCUUUGCCUGUUCCUAUGGACAAUAACAGGUUCCAGUUGUGAGCAGUGCAGAGAAGGAGCCACAUACUCAGAUGCAGUAAUAUCUCCCAACUUAGAAACCACUAAAAUCAUGCGAGUUCCUCAUGCUUUGUCAGUGUCCGACUGCAUUGCAGCGUGUUGUGACCUCUCUGGUUGUGACUUGUCCUGGAUGUUUGAACGGCGCUGUUACAUCGUGAACUGCCAGCACAAGGACAAUUGUGAACCUAAAAAAAUUGAUACUGUCAAGUCCUACCUUACCUUUGUGCUGAGGCCUUCUCAGAGGCCAGCCUCACUGCUAGGCUUUGGGCAAGUGAUCCCAAGCAUGGUGCACUCUGUGGGACUCCAGAAUGAGCCGUCAGAGGAAGUGAGUAGCCUGAAGAAGCUGUCUCUGCUUGGAAAAGAUCCCAGCCUUGAGGAGAUACCUGAAUACAUUGAUGAUUAUAAAGAGUUGGAGCAGGACCCCUUUCAGAUGGGCAUCAAACAUGAGCAGAAGGACAGUAUGGAUUAUGCUGACUGGGGCCUGAUAGUGGCAGGGGAAAAUGGCUUCAAUACUUCCACAGGGGAUGAUGGAGAUAACCAAGAAGAUUUUGUUGAAAAGAAAGGGGAGGCUGGGAAGGUGGAAAGCUUUUUGAAUAAAAACAGCUCUGAACAGACUUCCAUCAAUGAACACUCCACAGAGAGGUCGUCUGUUCUGGAGAUUACACCACUCCCUGGGAAGACAUUUGAAAGGAAAGCAGCUGUUCCACUUCUUGAGCAACCUGAGGAUGCUUUGCAAAAAGAGGCUGCUACACUUUCCUUUUCUUCAGAUGAACCAGAUUUCUCCCCAGGUGUGUCAGAGAAAACCCAGACUCCCACAGUGGCCCCAGAGAACGCCACUGAAGGUGAAAUCAUGCUACUUCCCACUAAUACUGCACCAUCUGAGCCCAUGCAGCUGUUCACACCACCUGCUACUGCUGCUCAAGCAGUUAAAGAACUUACUGUGUCUGCUGGAGAUAACAUACAAGUGAUGUUACCAAAAAAUGAGGUCGAACUGAAUGCCUUUGCUGUCCCACCACCAUCUACAGAAACAUCCUACAUCUAUGAGUGGAGCUUAAUCAGUCACCCUGAUGACUACAGUGGGGAAAUGGAGCGCAGGCACAGCCAGACUUUGAAGCUCUCUCAUUUAUCAGUGGGACUAUAUGCCUUCAAAGUGACAGUUUCUGGUGAAAAUGCCUUUGGUGAAGGUUUUGUAAAUGUCACAGUCAAACCAGCAGUCAGAAUUAACCAGCCACCUGUUGCUGUUGCUUCACCCAAAGUGCAAGAAGUUUCCUUGCCUACAACUUCUACCUUCAUUGAUGGCAGUCAAAGCAUAGAUGAUGUGAAGAUAGUGAGUUAUCACUGGGAGGAAAUUAAAGGUCCCUUGCGAGAGCAGAAGGCAUCUGCUGACACACCUGUCUUGCACUUGUCUAACCUUGUUCCUGGAAACUACACAUUCAGACUCACAGUGAUUGAUUCAGAUGGAGCAGCCAACUCCACCAUUGCAUCUCUGACUGUCAACAAGCCAGUGGAUUAUCCACCUAUUGCUAAUGCAGGACCAAAUCAGGCAGUUACUUUGCCCCAGAACUUCAUCACACUGAAUGGAAACCAGAGCAGUGAUGACCAUGAAAUUGUCAGCUAUGAGUGGUCACUUAGUCCCAAAAGCAAAGGCAAGGUUGUAGCAAUGCAGGGAGUGCGGACACCGUACCUGCAGCUCUCCGCAAUGCAGGAAGGAGAUUACACAUUCCAGCUGACUGUGACAGACUCUGCACGGCAGCGCUCCACAGCCGAGGUGACAUUGAUCGUGCAGCCCGAAAAUAACAGUCCUCCAGUAGCGGUGGCUGGCCCUGACAAGGAAUUGACCUUCCCAGUAGAAAGUACUACACUGGAUGGAAGCAAAAGCCAAGAUGACCAAGGCAUUGUCUUCUAUCAUUGGGAAAAUAUCAGUGGGCCAAGCUCUGUACAGAUGGAAAACACUGACAAGGCAAUAGCAACUGUGACUGGUCUCCAGGUUGGUACCUAUCACUUCAGGCUGACUGUGAAAGACCAGCAAGGCUUGAGCAGUGCAUCUGUGCUCUCCAUUACUGUGAAGGAAGAAAACAACAGUCCACCCCAGGCACAUGCUGGUGGGAAGCAUGUUCUAGUGCUUCCAAACAACUCUGUUACCUUGGAUGGCUCAGGGUCUGCUGAUGACCAGGGGAUUGUGUCAUAUUUGUGGAUUCGGGAUGGUCAAAGCCCAGCAGCUGGGGACGUGAUCCAUGGCUCAGACCACGAGGCAGUACUGCAGCUAACUAAUCUUGUGGAAGGAACCUAUAUUUUCCACUUGAAAGUGACGGAUGCUAAGGGAGACUCAGAUGUUGAUUCAGCAACUGUGGAAGUGCGGCCUGAUCCCAGAAGGAGUGGUCUGGUGGAGCUGAUCCUGCAGGUUGGAGUGGGACAGCUAAGUGAGCAGCAGAAGGACACCCUGGUGAGACAGUUGGCUGUACUGCUGAAUGUUUUGGAUUCAGAUAUCAAAGUUCAGAAGAUACAAGCCUACUCAGAUAUAAGCACCGCAGUUGUGUUCUAUGUGCAGAACGGGCAUCCUUCCACAGUGAUCAAGGCAUCAGAUGUCUCACGGACUCUGCAUGUGCAGCUUUUGAAACAGAAGGCUGACUUCUUGCUUUUUAAAGUCCUGCGAGUUGACACGGCUGCUUGUCUUUUAAAAUGCUCUGGACAUGGGCACUGUGACCCCAUAACAAAGCGCUGCAUUUGCUACCAGCUGUGGAUGGAAAACUUGAUUCACCGUUAUCUAAAUGAUGGAGAGAGUAAUUGCGAGUGGAGUAUACUCUAUGUGACUGUAUCUGUUUUUAUUUUGAUCGUGGUCAUGGUAGGGCUUGCCUGGUUCUGCAUCUGCUGCUGUAAAAGCAGGAAGAGGACAAAGACAAGAAAGAAAACAAAAUAUACCAUCCUAGAUAACAUAGACGAACAGGAGAGAAUGGAGCUACGGCCCAAAUAUGGUAUAAAACACAGAAGUACAGAACACAACUCCAGUCUGAUGGUCUCUGAGUCAGAGUUUGACAGUGAUCAGGACACUAUCUUCAGCAGAGAAAAAAUUGAAAGAGAGAAUUCUAGAACACUUAUAAAUGGGUCCAUCAGAAAUGGAAUUUCUUUCAACUACAGCUCCAAAGACAGAUAACUAAAUGAGGGUAAAAGCACAGAACACACUGGUGCAACACAUCUGAAACAUGUUGGCCCACCUCUGUUUUUCCAGAACCAAAAUCUUCCUAAAAUAUCAACUAAUUUCAGAUUAAAGGGUAAAUUUUUAGCACAGGUGAAGGCAGAAGGAGGGAGAAAGGAUUAGAUGUCAGCUCUUGUCACCAUUAUAGGAACAAGAAAACAAGAAAAAGCACAUCUUAUUUCUUGCAUGUUCUGUGCUGAAUGUUUGAACUUCAGAAGGCCUUUUUUCUAUAUCACUGCUACAAAACUAGCCAGGGCUGUUCUGCUACAAACUAUGGUAACUAAAAAUUACAUACAGAUUCAUAUGUGCUUUUAAUGCUCUCUUUGAGAAGUGGUGUGACUUACAACAGCAAAAGCCAAUAUAGAUGAAGUUCCUUACAGGCUCCAUCUUAAUUUUUAGUUUAGGAUGGAAACACAAAGAGCAUUUUUAGUGCAUUGUCUUUAUCCAACUGUACUUUGGGACUUCCUUUUCUAGGGUAGUGUUCAUUGGGUAAAAACAUUCCGUUUUCAGAGAAAGUUAAGAACUAGAGCAGUUGCACUGGUUCGGCUAUAAUGUAACAUGGUAUAUCUGUGUCCUGUAGGAUGCAACAUUCCCUGCAUUCACACAGGAGGUGUAGUGUCUGCAGGGAAAUCCAGCCCUAGGUUGCUUCUGUAAUGAUCAAAUUGCUUUGGCUCUGCCAUGUCCAUUCAGGAAACUGUAGCAGGAAGGACUUGGUCUGAUGCACCUUGAGAAGCAUUUUGAGCAUCCAAAACAACCUUUCUAGAUCACUUUGAGGAGCUGUGGACCGUUUAAGACUGAAUGCUUAGCUGAGGUGAGUUUUCAUCUGUCAGCAUCAAGUGCUCACUUUAAGGAUGUGCUGGGCACCUGUGCAGUGAAAUGUUUGUGGCAAAUACCCUGUGUGGAGCAGGAGGUUCAUUGUACUUUCAUUGUUGUGGUAGUCGGUAUUGAGCAAUGUUUUAGCUUAAACAUGAGCUUGUUUGACUUUUUCCUCUCUAGCUAUUGAGUGACUGGAUGUAUUGGCCUAAAGAGAGCCUUUUAGGUCUUUGGCAAGGGUAGGUGUGUAUUGCAGUUCUGACAUUCUUGUUCACAGUCUGGGUAAUUUCUUCACAGUCUGCUUGUUUGAAAUCAUGUCUCCAGUAUUGCUUUUGAAAUCCCUAACUGAAGACAAUACUUUUGUACACAGGCCUCACUUGUGGGAGCAUCUGUGUCAGUGGUACUGUUUAGCCAUGAUGUCAGCUUUUCCUGGGGGUACUCUACUGAUGUACUGAAGUCUAGGGCUGAGAUGGAGGAAUGAUGUGUUCUAAUGGAGAAAAGAGUUUUGAAGAGAGUGUUUUUUUUUUUUUUUAAUGUUUUGGGAUUUUAUUUUGUUGUUUUGUUGGGGUUUUUUUUAAUCCAGUGGUAGAGAACCCAUUAUCAGAGGAUGAAGCAGUGUAGAGAUCAAAGGGAGCAGUUUAGAAGGGUCGGGGAGGGGACAUAUCCCAUUUCCAUCAUGAGGAAUAAUGUAGUAGAGAAUUCUGGGGCUUUCUCCAUCCUUUCUUAGAAGUCUAAUACAACAGAGUAGCUGGGUUGAACACUGUGGCUUCUGGGCUUCUCUUGUUAGUGGACUUGGGCAACAGUCAGAACUAUGUAGGCUGGAAGAAAUCAGUGGUCAAAAUUUGCAGCAACAUAGCAUGCUCAUAACUUGUUUCAUACUUCUGAUUCUCAAGUGCAGUCAGUAACAGUCCCUAAGGCUACUAGGGACUAAUUCAGCACUGAGGAGUAUGUACCUUGUGUCCAGCCCUGCAUUUCUCUGGAGAUCUUUAUGUGGCUGCAAGAAUCAUUGUGGUGGGAGAUGCUGUGCAGAACUAAAAGGGCUAAUACAAGUGUUGUCUAUGUUUUUCCCAUAAGCAGUGCAGUAUGAAUGGUAUGAUUUGCUUUCUUCAAAAACUAAGUUUCAACUCUGUGUAUGGGGGGGUUAGGCUAUUUCUUGAAACAAAUCUACUUUAUCACACUCUCCCUCUUCUUGAGAGUGUGCGUGUCUAUGUAUAUAUAUAUAUGUAUAUAUGUAUUUUUAAAAAACUUGGUCAACAAAAGCAAGGUCAGUUUCUGAUGUCUUUCAGUUGUGCUAACUUAAUAAAAGCAUUCCUGAAAAAACUUAAAGCCCACUCAAACCUAUAAUUAAUUUAUUUCUGAAAUCCAAAUGUUGGGCUUAAUCCAUUAUGAAAUACUACACAAUGUUCUAGCAGGAAUUAGUCUCUUGAAAACAUGCAUUUUUAAACAAGCAAGUAAGUUGCUUAAAUAAUUUCAAUUUUGUAGGUGCUGUGCUGCCAUUGAUGCUUCUGCUAAAUACUGUCUCCAGUGUGCCUUUAUCUAUAAGCUUACCUUCUAGGGCGUGUCAGUGCAGUCUGCAGCAUCUGUCAGUUUUGUGAAAUUAGUGACUUAUGUCUUUUGGAUUAAUUUUAUCUUUUUAAAGCCAGUGCUGAAGCCUAGGAUGUUGUUCUUUGAAGGUAUUGAAAAACAUUUUAAAACAAACAAACAAACAUGCACACUGAUGGGCCCAGAUCUUUGUCUCUCUGGUAAGUUCAUGGGCCAUGAGAAUGUAUGUAUGAUUUGGCUAAGUGUUUCUCACUCUAACAAAUAAGAAAUAUCAGACCAAUUUUUCAUUGUUUAAGGCCCUGGCAAGUGGAUGUUGCUUGGUAAAUUUAGUUCUCUGAUGAUACUUUAACACCUUUCUUGCUAACAGUAUUUUAGAUGUAUUUUCAAAGUUGAAUGUAGUUUAAAUUUUUCAGCUGCUUCUGAUUCUGAUUGCUUUUAAUAUAUGGCACUUGCACAGAAGCUGAAAGCAAAAAUUUCUGGCUCUGUGAAUUUGUGGUAUCAUGUUUGUGUCACUUGGCCAAGCAUGUUUGUGUCAGAAAUUUAGGAGGUACAAUAGCAAGCCUUGUAUCUUGAUUCAGUAUAAUUUUUACUUCUAGAACUACUGCUUUCUUGCAGAAUAUCAAUUCAUACCUUGUAUGAAAGGGUCAGAAAACUGGUUGUAAUGGUGUAAAUAAAAUGGCAGAAUUUGGAUUCUAACCCUUUGGUUCAGGUUAUUUUAGGUUCCAAGCAGGUUCUCAGUCCUCACGUUUACUUCUGCACACUGUUCUCCUUCACAUACAGAAAGAGUACUGGCAGCUGAUUUGUAAAAUGCCCAAGAGACUCAUCUGCACUGAGAAGCAGAGACCAGAUAGAGCUUGUCCUAUGUGGCUCAGUCUACUGAAAGUAAAGAAUAAUUCAGUUUGGCACUGCUAAGAUACUGCCUCUUGUUGAAGGCAGGCAGUGUGGUGAUAUUUGCAGUGCCUCAUUGCCUUGAAGUGUAAGCACUGCAUUUUCAUUUGCAUCUUGAUUUUACAUGCACAAGGGAUUGUCCAGCUAUGUGAAAGGACUGCCUUUGUUUGCAUUUUAAGGAAGGAGUGUAUUUUGGAAAAAAACUUCCUAAGUAUUAAACAGGUUCAGUAUCCAAUUGUAGUGUUCAAUGUAGUACAUACACAGCAUGAAACUGCCAUGGCUGCAAACAGGUAAUUGUCUUGUGGAUUUUACUUUCCCAACUAGAAUCAUACUGCAGUAUGGAAGAAAAUUUACCUCGGCAAACCUGUUGAGAUCCACAUCCAAAUUCUCUGUCCUGUGGUUCAACCUGUCAUAUUCAGUAGAAAAAACAAAGCAAAAUGUAAUAUGUCUGAUUACAGACAAUUGUUUAUUUACCUAGAUGAAGAAAGGUUUUUAUUCUUGUUUUGUGUGUAAAAAUAGAUUAUCAACUCUAUCCUUUUAGUAGACAGUCUUACUCUCCCUCUGUCAGAGGCAUCAGAUAAAAGUACUGUUCCAGCAUCUGUUUUGUGCUGUCAGCUGUUGGUUUAUAUGAUGUCAAUUUUCCUUUUGUCUCCUUUGGGUAAUUAGAAGUUCACACACAUGCAAAGAAUGUAACAGUGAGACAGUGAGUGCGUGCGUGUGUUCUCUGUGCUGGUACAAACUUUCCUCAGAUACUCUGAUGUUCUUGAAAUAAUAGAGUUCCUAGGCAAAUGUUCUAUUUCUGCUUUUAUUCCUGUUCUAUCCCUGCUCACCUCAAGUGAAACUAAUUUUGCCCCCCAGUAUACUGGUAAUGGGCAGUAGUCAGAUGGAGCUUCAGGGUGGUAGUAAUAAAAAAACAGUAAGUGUAGUCUUCUGACAUUUAAGUGAGAUUUGAGAGAGGAAAACAUUCCUCCAGGAGAAGGGAAAUGGGAUACUGGUGAAUUAAUUUCUUAAUGUCAGUUACUGCUUAUCAGGGAUCCCUAACUUUAAUACUAAUCCUAUACUUCUGCAGCAAAGAAAAACCCAUUUAAUGUACCUUUUAUAUCCUUAACUCCCCAAGACAAAGGAGGGAAAUAUUUAGAAAUAAAAUUUAGAAAAAUUUAGAAAUAAAAUUUUAAGAAGGAGACAACAAAGGCAAAUGAUUUUUGUACAGGCUAUGGAUCAGGUGCAGAUGAGCUGCACAUCUGUAUUUUGUCUCUGUAUGAAAGCACUUCUCCCUGUGGGUGGAUGGGUGAGCAAAAUUUAUAUUAGGAAUCUAUUUCUAGAAAAUGUUAUUUAUUGCAAAUGCUAUUGUAUUGUAACUAGAAUAAUUUCUGAGCUGAAAUUAUACAUUUAUGUAACUAUUAAUAAAGUUUUGUCUUUCAUUUUA